UUAAAGAUGGCAAUACUUGAAAUAUUUGGCUUAUAUUCACAAAUGGAUACGAUAAUUGUUGCAAAUGGCAAUAACUCAGUUAAUCAUCCGCAUUCGCUGAAAAAUAGUUAAAUGAGAAUAAAAGAAGCCGGAUUUAUAUGUUUAAUGGAUAGGUUAAAAUCAGUUUGAAUUGUAAAUUAUGCGUUAUGGUGGAAUUCUGGUCGUUUAUAUUCGAGGUCCUAGCGAGAGAUAAAUGCAAAUGCUUCCAACUUUAGUGGCUUAAGAAAUUAAUUUCUAAAGAAUGGAUUUUCAAAUAACAAACGAUGUAGUGGAAAUCGAACCAAAAACUAAAUAUUUAAGAGGUUCUGAACUGAUACUUUUAAGAAACAAAGAUAUAGGAAUAUCAAGUGCUGGUUUAAAGAAAACUGUACCAAAAGAUACAGAAGAGGAGGUUAAAGAGCUGGAGAAACUUUAUGAUUGCUUGGAGCAACAGUUAUCUAGAUCGCAUAUCGAACGCUUAGGCGGUCGGACAUUGGCUGAAUGGGACCAUAAAACCCAAGCUUUACGUGUUAUACAUAAAGAUGGUAAAUUUGAGAAGCACGGACAGCACUAUCUGGAGUAUUAUGAAGCUUUGUUUCUUUUAGAAAAAAAUCGUUUGCAGCUGGAGUACAACUCUUGCGUUGCGUCGAUAGAACAGUCGUAUCUGUUAUUGAUAGGUGAAAAACGUUCUCAACGUUGUGACGAAUACUUGGUGUAUUCAGUUAUGACACGUUCUGGCUACAUUUUAAACAAAUAUGAAAAUCGACCGAAAGCACACUCGCAUCGAAAACAGGAAAUUCGAUCUCGCGAAGACUGUAUUUGGCAUAUAUUGGAAAUGGAAAUAGAGCAAGAAAAGAAAUCAAAAAGAACAAAUUGUCCUGACUACGUACGUAACUAUGUCGAUUAUACAAAAAUUAGGCAGCAAUUUCAACAAAUAAAAGAAACUAUUAAAACUCCAGAGAAAGGGACACAAAAUAUUGUAUGCAACGAUGAGUAUAGUGAAAACGAUCUAGAUUUUAGGAAGAAGAUGGAAACGAAUUUAAAGCGUCCCGCUCAAGAUGAUAACGAUUGCAAUUACUGGCAUAAAAUUAAAAGAAAUUGUACCCUCAGUACACCCGCUACAACAACUGCAAACAUACCAAAUGAAAGCUUAAUUGACUUUCUUAAGUCGGAUGCUGAGUAUGAAAGAUUUCGAGAAACGUUUCAUAAACUGAACAUUAUCCCUUUAAAAUCGUAUGACACAGAAAAUGAGGAGGCGAAAGAUGAUUCUUCUAUUGAAAUAUUGCCAAUAAAUUUUGAUGUUUACCUGCAUAACGAAGGUUAUCGUAAAAGUUCGCCCGGUUCGCCCCAGUUUCGAAUAGUCAUUUUCCCCAAGGAUGCCGCCAUGCAAUUAAGUUUAGAGUUUGCUCCCUUCAGAGCAGAUUAUUUAGAAUAUAUUUCUGCCACGUCGACCUUGGAUAGGACUCGGAGAGAAUAUGACGAAUUAAGUAAAGUCAGUGGUAUGUUGAAAGUACAUUGUACCGCUAAUAAAUGUGCAUAUUUAUUUCUAAUUUAUACAUAUAUAUAUAUAUAG